CUUCUCAUACUCUCGAAGUGGGCUGCGGACUCAGUUCGACUUCAGUACAUGAAGCCUCUUGAGACUGAGCACUCUGUGACUGUGACUGUGGGGUCUGAUGGAGCUGGUAGCUUGGAUGCUAGAUCUUCCAUAUACAAAAACAAGCUACGUCGCAAUCAGAAUCUCGACCUUACUGUACAGAAUGAGCAUGGUACCUUCAUUAUUCCAGGUAAUACAGGAGGCGUUGUAGGCCGCCGUGCUCCCCUGAAUAUCUCUCGUGAGCUUGGGAGCUCGAACCAGGUUGUAGGAAAGAUUCUAUCCAAAGGGAGAGAUAUCUUGACCAAUGCUGAUGAAAAGAAGGCCGCAGCAGUAUUGAGAAUGUUACAAGGGGAGGGAGACUUUGGUAAUAUCUGGGUUACAAACAUUUGGGAUCCACCUAAUGGGACCAUGAGUUGGCCCAAAUCAUUUACUCAUUCACCUCCCAUUACUGUGCCCGAGGUGCCGAAUCGCCCACUUAACUCAUCACAAAUUUUUGCCAUUGCGAAAAUGUUAUCUCUGGAAAGUGAUAAUCAUAUUAUCCUUAUACGAGGUCCACCUGGGAGUGGAAAAACUUCUGUCAUUUCAAGAUUUGUGGAGAUUGCUACAGCUAGCCCACAGUAUCCUGGGCUAUGGCUAAUUGCUCAAUCAAAUGUUGCAGUAAAAAAUAUAGCAGAAAAAUUAGCCUCGAUAGGCUACAUGAAUUGGAAACUUCUUGUAUCGAGAGAUUUUAUUUUUGAUUGGCAUGAACAUUUAUAUGGAGCUAGACUCCAGAACAACUUGAUCAGUUCUGACCAGUUUUUCACAUAUUCAACAUCCAAAUUGGCAGGAUGUAAAGUCAUACUAUGCACACUUAGUAUGCUUUCAAAUUCCCAGAUUUCUAAAUUUUCCAGAUAUAUCCCUAUCCACACCCUGAUAGUGGAUGAAGCUAGUCAAAUUGAAGUUGGAAAUUUCUUACCAGUUUUAUUCACUGCUGUGAAAACUCUGCAAAAACUCUGUUUUAUUGGGGAUGAUAAACAGUUGCCACCUCAUGGUCAAGAAGAAAUUCAGGACCUCAAGAGUGUAUUUGAAAUUGAUCAUCUCCAUAAUCACAUUUAUUUACUGGAUACCCAAUACCGUAUGCCACCCCAGAUGGGGGAUUUUAUCUCUAGUGCAGUAUAUGAUGGAGAUUUGAAAUCAAACCCCAACCAUGUUAUCACUGAUAGAACUCUUGCUUGCCAGUUUAUUCAUGUACCUGGAGUUGAAAUAUUCAAGGGAAACUCAUUUAUUGUGGGUAGUUUCUUUUAUCUAUUCUGA